AUGGCCUCAGACCUAGAUUACGAUGUCAUCAUCGUGGGCGCCGGUAUCUCCGGCGUCAACUUUGCCUACAGGCUGCAAGAGAACCAUCCCAACAUGACAUUUUGCAUUGUCGAGAGCCGUCAUGAGAUGGGAGGGACUUGGAGUCUAUUCAAAUACCCAGGUAUCCGCUCCGACUCGGAUCUCUACACAUUCGGCUUCCAAUGGAACCCCUGGCUCCAAAAGGAGGCCAUCGCCUCCGGUCCCCACAUCCUAUCCUACCUGAACGAGUCGGCGCGCAAGGCCGGUCUAGACGACAAGAUCAAGUACAACCACCAAGUCACCCAGAUGAGCUGGGACACGCCCUCGGCGACGUGGACCUUGGACGUAUCCGUCGGUGGCGGCGGCAACGACCCCGCCACCCGCCAGACCAUCCUCCUCCGCAGCCGCUUCGUCCUCAUGGGCACGGGCUACUACGACUUCAAGGAGCCGCUCAAGACGGAGAUCCCCGGCAUCGACAGCUUCGGCGGCGACGUCAUCCACCCGCAGUUCUGGCCGGAGGACUACUCGUACAAGGGCAAGAACGUCGUCAUCAUCGGGUCGGGAGCCACGGCCGUCACGCUCCUCCCGAGCAUGGCCGAGGAGGCCGGUCACGUCACCAUGCUGCAGCGCUCGCCCACCUACAUCAUCUCCCGCGUGGGACAGAGCCCCAUCGAGAGGCUCGCGCGCGCCUGGCUGCCCCCCUGGAUGGCCUACCACGUCAUCCGUGCCAAGUGCAUCCUCUUCAGCAUCUUCAUGGUCACCUACGCCGACUGGUUCCCCGCACGCGCCAAUAGGCUCGCCCUCGGCGCCACCGCCAAGCAGCUUCCCGAAGGCGCCUCCCUCGAGCGUGACUUCACUCCUUCCUACAACCUGUGGGAGCAGCGCGUCUGCCUCAGCCCGGACGGCGACUUCUACCAGAGCCUCCGCCAAGGAAAGGCUAGCGUCAAGACCGACCACAUCGACACCGUCACCCGUAACUCCAUCAAGCUCAAGUCCGGCGCGGAGCUCCACCCGGACGUCAUCGUCACUGCCACCGGCCUCAAGCUCCGCAUGGCCGGCGGCAUAGACAUCGUUGUCGACGGCAAACCCUACGACAUGUCCGCCCAUUUCGCCUGGAAUAACUCCAUGCUCGACGACCUCCCCAAUGUCAUGCUCGCCUGGGGCUACGUCAACGCCAGCUGGACCCUCGGCGCAGAUACCACCUCCCUCCUCUUCUGCCGCCUCAUCACCGCCAUGAACAAGAAGGGUGCCAAGGCCAUAGUUGCCCGUCGCAGGACAGCGGGGGAGAUUAACAUGUCCAAAGUUCCCAUCCUCAACCUCAAUUCUACAUAUGUCCGCAAGGGAGUCGGUAACAUUCCCAGCUGUGGUGAUCAGCCGCAAUGGCUGCCGCGCACCAACUACAUCAAGGACCUAGCUAGGGCCACCCUCGGUGACGUGGAAAGUGGGCUCGAAUGGAUAAAAUGA